GAAGAGGUCAUGACAGCAGUUAUGCAAUCAUGGCAACAUGGCGUGUUUAUGUCAAAAACACAAACAUUUUAAAGCAAAAACAUAGCAUACAAUGUUGUUUUAACUUCUAUAUUCCUUAUGUUAUUUUUCCAAGACUUUAUAGAGAAAUUUUAGCUAUAUUUUGAUGACGACGUAUUGUAAGUUUUUACUGUGUUAUGAAGAAAUUUUAGUUAUUAAAAAUAUAAAUGGCAACUGACCCGGUGCAAGAAGAGAAGAUUUUUGUUGGUGAACAAAACGAAGCUGACCUAGCUGAACGGAAAGAUUAUGAAGCGGAUUUCGACACUUUUGAUGAGGAAGACAGACCACGUAAGCUAACAAUCUCAAAUUUUAGUUGUUUAUAGUUAUAUUUUUGUAUUGAAAAUAUAAUAGAAGGUACUUUGAUUGUUAAUGUUUAUUUUUAAUUAUUUUGUAAUUCUUGACAGUUGUCACAUGAUGGUAAUGAGUUUUCCUGUGUGAUUUUCAACUUCUUUGAACAAAUUACUUAUAAAUGACCAACAUAAAUACUGCAUUGAAAAUAUGUCCAGCAGUUGGCUAUUUAUAAUCCUGACAUUCAUGUCAAUCAAAUAAUGUUCCCUCUUUCUAGCUGCAUAUCAAGAACAUGAGAGUGAUCCACUAUCUGAUUUUGAACACAAUGUCAUCAGUGACGAGGAUACGGAGUCAUUAACUGGGUAUGUGAAUAUCAGAGGCAGCUUGAGUCAGUGGCACCACCAGGAUUUUAUUUGGCGGCAGGGCGGGGGGAGGGGGGAAAGUCACAAUUCUAGGGGGUCUGUCAACAAAUUGUCAACAAGAUUCCCUGGAAAAAGAUGUCUGAACAGGUUCGCAACAUUUAGACUAAUUAUUAUAGAAAACAAUUGUUUUCUUUUGCACAGAUCAAGUCUUUAUAGGAAUGGUUUUAUGACCAUUUUUGCAAAUUGCUUGCCUGAUGUGGUGCACAAUAUUCCACAUGCAUAUCAAAAUGUGUGGCCAGGCCUUCUUAGUUAUAUAUAGAGAUGACAUAUGCACUGAGUAAUGUACUACCAAUACUUACUGUAGGAGUCUGGAUGGUGUGACUGGUGGUGAUGAAUAUGAACUGACUGGAGAUGACACAGAAUAUCAUUCAGAUCCUGUCACAAAACAGACCAGACAGGUAUAGGUAGAUCUCUCAUAGCGAUUUAAUAUUGUUAGUAACUUGAUGGAGGAAUGAUGUAUCUAUCCUGCCUGCACAGCUAUCCUUGUUUUUCCAGUAAAAUUGUUUUAAAUGACAAAUGUUUGAAAUAUCCAAAGGUUGUCACACUUCCCAAUAUGUUAAUACUCUUAUUUAGGAAAAAUUACGCAUGUUAGCUUUACGAAGACAUCUUGAUCUACUGAGUGAACAAGUGUUGCAGAAUGAUUAUCUUGUCAACCAAUCAAGGUAGCUCUUUUCACUCUGUUUGAAAUGUGAAUAUAAAUGGGCAUGUGAGGAAAGUAUUAUUCUAGAGCAGAUGAUGGUUAACCUGCAGAAAUGAAAUGAAUAAGGAAGGAAGUGCUCCUAUAAUAAGUGUGAACAUUUCAUAUUAUCUGCAGCCCUGUUUUUCAGUCAGACUGAAAUGUACUGUGUACAUUUUUUUUGACAGUGAGGAACUGAAGAAAUGUCAGGAGAAUAUCCAGUCCCUGGAAACUGAGAUACAGAAGAUUGCACAAGAAAUUGAAUUGCAGGAAUCAAAUGAGAAUACGUAAAUAUUGUAACCUUAUAUCCAAACUCAUCAUUGGGGGAAUCAAAAUUAACCCAUUGUCAAUGUACAUAUAAUCUAAAAUAUCCUGUAAUAGUCUGUUGCUCUAGUCCAAGGCGAUCCCCUACUUUCCUCUUUAGCUUCCUCAGGUUGAAGUGAAUGCCUAACAAUAUUUACAGCAAAUAUGGACCCUCUUAGAAUAAGCCUCAUGAUCCUCUAAAUAUCUGAGAGUGUCAGUUACCAAGACAAAGUAUACAUGUAAUAUUUCAGCUCUUCCAUAUAUCGUCUCAAGUCUCAGUAUACAAAGCUGUGCAGUGAACUGGAAACUGAACGUGAAGUUGCAGUGGGAAUCAGAGAAAGACUGGUCAGUGCUGAGUAAGUGACAUUUAAUUGUGACAUUUGAGUGAUAAGUAGUGAUUGUACAGUUAAGCGUAGCCUGCGUAGUUUGUCCUAAACGUCUCUAAUGUGUUUAGAUACUCACUCUCAUUGGCUACAAUGGAACAAGGUCGUUUCUUAUUGGCUGGCGAGGAACUUGAAAAAGAGGAACAAUUGGAAAUGAAGAAUAAAGCAGAAGCGAGUGCGGGGAGGAUAAGAAAAGAAAAUGUUACUGCAACGGCGGCAGAGAAGAGACGAAGAAUAAGAGAAAAGUAUAUUUUAAUGACGGAGGAAUUUUCCCCAGAUAGAUGUAAAUUAUGUGUUGUGUAAAAUCUUCUCAUUGACACAUUGUAACUUCAUAUAGAGAUCACAUCACAACACUCCGUGAAAGAGAAAGGAAACACCGUCAUGCGAUAAACAUGGCGAAACGAAGCAGAGAGCAGGCUUCAAAGUUUUUAAAAGAGACUAUGUCAAGGUAGGUAGGAUGGUGAGCGAUAAUUGGGAAAGUAUGUCUUUAAUCUUUAAUCUGAUACUCCUAAAUCAGCUUACAACUAUACUAGGAGAUAUAUAUGUAUAAUAUAUCAAAAAUUAUUUUGAUAAACUUUGUGUUUUAGAGUUCGUUUAAAAGAAGCUGAAGAGGAAGAAUUUCAUCGUGUUGACAUGGAGAACAGAAUAAAAAAUUUACUUAGCUUAAAAAGUAAUAUUGAGAGUAAUAAGGUAUGUCUGAGGAUAAUAAGGUAUGUUCGAGGAUAAUAGGUAUGUCUGCGAAUAAGGUAUGUCUGAGGAUAAUAAGGUAAUUGUCUAAGGAUAAUAAGGUUUGUCUGAGGAUAGGAAGGUAUGCCUGAGGAUAAUAAGGUAUGUCAGAGGAUUAGGUAUGUCUGAGGGAUAUGUAAGGCAAACUGGCUAAAAUAACGUGAUCUGGCUGGACUUAUUCUGGGAACAAAUAAUUCCUCCUAGUUUCCACCCGAUCAACACAAAUCCAAACUACACACAGUCUGUGUAAGUAGUGCCAAUAAAUAAGAAAGGUAACUUCACGACGAAGGGCCUUCGCUCGAAAUGUCAAAGUUCUCCUUGUACUUUUCAGAUAGUUGUAUCACAAACUACACCCAGAAGUUUAUCUGUUCAGAUUUCCUAGACUGUUCAGAGUUGGGUGAUUGUUUUGUUUGCUGUAUUAAUUCGUACACACCGAAUGGAUCAUUUGCAUUAUAGACUAAAUUUUGAUCUAGACAGAAAUUUCAUCACAGCUUGAAAGAGCAUCACAAAAUUAGUAAUAUUCCAAAGUUUCGUUGCGAAAUGUUGUAAAAUGCAGAUAAUAUAGCCAUGCGAAGUUUGCCGUUUUUCAGUCAUUUUGUAUUACGCACGGGAAAUUGACAGCCCAAUCGGGUGUUGGGGCAUCAAUUUCCCGUUUGUAAUACAAAAUGACUGAAAAUUGCAUAUUUCGCAAGGCUAUAUUAUCCGCAUUUUACAACAUUUCGCAACGAAACUUUGGAAUAUUACUAAUUUUGUGAUGCUCUUUCAAGCUGUGAUGAAAGUUUUGUCCAGACCAAAAUUUAGUCUAUAAUGCAAAUGGUCCAUUAUCAAGCGAACUUUCUUUUCUCCAUCAAGACGGAUCAUCCGUCGUGCCAAUAUAUUUAUUCGCUGUUUCAUGAACAAAAUCUUACCUGUCUAGGAAAGUCUUCGUGCUGUCGAAGCAAGACGUGUUUACUUAAAAAAUGAACAAGAACAAAGAGAUCACCAGGAAAGAGAAGAGAUUUUGACUGAAGGAUUGAAUCCUGACGAGGUUUUAACAAGGCGCAAGAGAAUAAGACAAUUCGAGAAAGAUAAAGAGUAAUUCUUGAUUAUUUUAUAGUAGUACUUGGGUGUCCCUCCAUAUCACAAAUUGAUUAUAUGAAUUAAGUUAAACACAAGUAAACCAAUAUAUUCCACAAGUAUAUAUCUUUACAAUCUUAACUGUUUUAAUGGCUUUGUUAAAAGUUAUAUGUUGGGCUCUCAUAUUUAUUAUAAGAAUUCGUUUUUCGCCUGGCAAACCUCUGGCAACGAUAUUAAAGUAUAUUCCAUGUCUAUAUCAUGGUCAACUUUUUAUUUUCAUUUCGUUUUCUCGGGAUUUCUUUCUAUUAACUGUCAUUUUAUUUCAGAACGUUUGAAAAGAGGCAGAGAGAGCGACAGGUAGAGACUUCUAAGUACUUCCCUUUCUGCAACUUAUCAUAGAUCGAUUUCACUGUCAUGCAUUUGAUUUUUAUCAAUGUACGGUUAUCGGAGUGAGAAAGUCAUGUAAAUUGUUUUCAUUGCAUUUGGUGGAAAAUAAAUUCAAUUGGGUCACGUAGUUUAACGUUAUUGCUCGUAGACUGUCAAUAUUUGGUGAGAAAUAAGUGGAUUUAGGUCAUGUAUAGUUUAACUUUACUGCGUCUAGAGAGUGUGCCUACGUUUUUGAGGUUGACCAGUAUCUGCUGUGACGCAUCCUUGUUGGAAGCCACUAAAAUGAAUAUAAUUAUUGCAGAUUGAAAUAGCUGAUAAGUUAGUACGCGAAGAAAAGCAAAUGAAGAAACGAUAUCAACAACAGCCACAACUUUGGACAGACAAACAACGCGAUAGAAACAAGGUAACUGUUUUAUAUCGUGGAAAACACCAUGUUUAGUUGUUGGGAAAUAAAGCUUUCGAUCCGGAGGUCUAAAUCUUCAUCAGCUAGUGCAUGAAACCUAUAGGAAAGGUACUGUACUUUCAAAUAGAUAGAAACCAAGGGGCUAUUGUUCACAGUUGCAUGAAUUAGCUCUAACACUUGUUUCAAAACUUUUGAAUAUAAAACUUCCAUUCAUCCAGACAAUCCAGACAUGAUCUCUGGGAAAAUAUCUCCAAGUUUAUCACCAAGCUGUUGGUGAAAUUGUUUUGUAGCUUUUCGUUAACCCAGGAUAAAGGUCUUCAAGUUAACAAGAUAUGUGCAUGUUACUGUGUAAAAGUUUGACUUUGUUAAGGUGCAGUAACAAGAAUUUAACGUGUGUUAAAUCACGCCUGUAUUACAAUACGCGAAAGAACAUGCAUGGAUAUUAUUAACUAACAUUAAUUGAAAUCAGUUUUUGUUGCAAGUUUCAGCAAUUCUUGUAUUACAUCACCUUUCAUAUUGUUCUUCAUUAGAGAUUUGGACGUCGAAAGAGCAAGUCAAAAUCUUUGAGAGUCUACAGUGGAUCGUCUUCAAUGGAAUACAGCGCUGACGCUGAGGACGCUGGGGUAUGAAGCAUAUUACAUGACAUUUACGUGUUGUCCAGCAAGUUGAGUAGCAACAAUGUGAACUUACUAUGUUCUGUUUAUUCAAGGGAGCAUUCGUACCAAGCAAACUCAUCACAGUCUCCUCAGAUGACGAAGACGAGUUCUCUCCAUUUGGUCAUACAAGUCGAGACGAGGAGAAAGAAGGGUACAACUAAAUAAAAUACAACAAAUAUGCUGACUAUCCUGGUUCUCCCGAAUUUCACCCGUUUUUACAUGGAACUAACGGUGCGGCUUGCGAAACCAAAGCACUCGAGUUCACUCAAGCCUCACUCAAACAAGCAUUAGAGUUGACGAGGACUGAUAAGACUUACAACUCUUAGGCACUCUCAUCGAUACUUAUGCAAUCUCAUCAACUUUGAACUGAUUCAAAUAUUGAUGAGAGUUGAUGUGAGUUUUCGCCACGGGCGCGGUAAUAUCCACUCAACUGUCAUGCAACUCUUGUUCUCGUUUCACCUGGCGCAGAAUAUAAACCACUUUUUGAACGAACCUGAAAUUAUACUUUUGCGAACAAGUUUCACAGUUGUAAUCUGUCAAGAAAAUGCCAUUGACAACAUUAUAUUCGCGCAAACAAAGCAUUGAUAAUCAGCCUGGAUAGGCGAGCCAGCCUGAGUCAUUGACAUUGUGUUGAUACGGAAAAUACCAGCCCAGUGUAAGUGAGAUCCUGGGUCAGUUGCGGCGGAAUCUCGCUUAGGGUGGUAAACUCGGUUCCUAUGUAAACACAAGAUGAAAUUUAUUAGGGAAUAUUAACAAGCAACCCUAAUUCAUUCUAUUCCAGUGAUUCUGAUCAUGAGGGCGACGAUCUGGCUGAACCUGAAUUUCGAGGAUUAUGGGAAGAAAAUGAGAAAAAUGAAAAUAAGGUCUGCAAUCAAUUGUUUUGUCAUCUUAACCUAUACGUUAUGUGAUAAAUUGAGAGUAUAAAAGUCCCCUUGCUGUAUCAUUUAAUCUUUCUAGAUAAUUAUGAGCUCUGUAUUGUUAUUUUUAAUAUAGCCAGCUACUGGACUCUGUAGUUUUAAUCUUGUUUUAUCGAGCGAUACGCUCAAAAUUUAGAAUAUAUAAAAAGUGUAUAAACGAACAUAAAUUAUGUUAUUUUAGAAUUUGGAUAGAGCUGAAACGAAACUAAAGUUCACAGACCAUAUUCCCAGUAAAACCGAACAGGUAGAAUAGUUCGUUUCAUUUAUUUAUUUCAUCACGGUAUUUAGUAUUUUUGCACAAGUGAAUAUAACAAAUCCUACAAGUUGAUUGGUCAAAUUAGACGUAUUAAGCUGUCGUAUAGUUAAAUAGUAGAAAUUGAAUAUUUUAGGAAAUGAUGGAACGUGCUUUGAUGAAGCAAAAAGAAAGCAUUGUUCAGAAACAAGUUGCUGUUGGAAGAGAAUUUAAGGUUUGUCAAGCAGAAUGGACCAUAUGCAUUAUAGACUAAAUUUUGAUCUAAACAAGUCUAGAUAAAAAUUUCAUCAUAGCUUGAAAGAGCAUCACAAAAUUAGUAAUAUUCCAAAGUUUCGUUGCGAAAUGUUGUAAAAUGCUGAUAAUAUAGCCUUGCAUGCGAAGUUUGCCGUUUUUCAAUCAUUUUGCAUUACGCGGGGGAAAUUGACAGCCCAAUACCUUUUGGGGCUGUCAAUUUCCCGUUUGUAAUACAAAAUGACUGAAAAACGGCAAACUUCGCAAGGUUAUAUUAUCCACAUUUUACAACAUUUCGCAACGAAACUUUGGAAUAUUACUAAUUUUGUGAUGCUCUUUCAAGCUGUGAUGAAAUUUUUAUCUAGACUUGUUGAGAUCAAAAUUUAGUCUAUAAUGCAAAUGGUCCAUUGAAACAGGAUGAUCUCACGUGGUUAUAUACUUUUUUCUUGUUUCAUCUAGGGACAAGCAUUCUACAGUAAACCAGAAGUAGUCAUUUUUAAGGUACUGUAGAUCUUUAAUUUUGUUGAAAGGUUUUAGAUGUCAGUAUUGUCACUCCAGUAAGCCAGGCUGUUAAGCUUAUUCCAUAUGUGUCGAUCGUAUAAAACUACAAUUGAUUUCAUUCGUAGGACUUCAAUAUUGGGAAGAGUUAUCGUAAAAAAGUUGUACUGACCAAUGUGUCAUAUACACAGAACUUCUGUAAAUACAUCGGCAUGUCCUCCCAUUUACUGGAUUUUAUUGAUAUAAUGUAAGUAAAGUUUGUUGACUCCCAUUGAGAGCAUCCAACUUUAGCUUUCUACAUUGUGUUCCAUUCCUUAUAAUUGUUACUUUUUAGUUACGAUCCGCCUGGGGCAAUGUCCGCUGGCCUGACGUGUGAUUUCACUGUAAUAUUUAAGCCAAUGGUAAGCGACUACAGAAAUGAUCCGGAUUGGAGACCUUUGCCGGCAAAACCUGCGAUUAAAACUACUCCCACGCUUUGUAUAAAACACAUUAAUUAAAUCUAGUCCUGCUAUGAUCUUUUAUCCAGCUCAAUGAAGAUCUUGUUGGUCAAAUAGAUUUCUUGGCUCAAACUGGACCUUUUUCUGUACCUGUGAAAUGUUUUACUAAGAAAUGCCAGGUACCUUUCUCUGCAUACAUUCAUUAUGUAUUGUAUUUGACAGUCCAUCUUGUUCUAGUGACAUUUCGUGUGUUUAGGUCAGCGUUGAUAAAAAUGAGAUAAAUUACGGCAGUCAAGUUCUGGGAGAAAUUUGUAAGAAGACGAUCAUGUUAAUCAAUGAUGGUGCUUUAGCUACCAAGUUUAAUGUAAAGAAAAUCCAAGCCGAGCCUGCAUCAGUUGCUCCAUUACCUGAGUCGGUAAGACCUUAAACGAGGCUUUAUUUUAUAUAGCCGGAUCAGUCCGGAAUUUCUGUAUUUACUGUACACUACGAGCCUUGGUUUUUGAGCCUUUAUUUUUUGUUGUUUUGUAGGAACUCGGAUCAAAUAUCGCAGAAAAUUCUGUGGGAAACAAGCACAAUGAAGAGCAGUCAAAAAGUACGUAUCUUGUGCUAUACAGAGAGUAGACUGAGUAGUAAUUAUAUAUUUAAUGUUCCAGUCUAACGAGGUUGAGAGUUGAUGAAAAUGAUUAAGUAUGGUUGAUUAGAGUUGAUGAAAGUUGAUAAGAGUUGAUGAAAAUUGGUAAGAGUUGAUGAAAGUGAUUAAGUAUGGUGGAUAAGAGUUGAUGAAAGUUGAUAAGAGUUGAUGAAAGUGAUUAAGUAUGGUUGAUGAAAGUUGAUAAGAGUUGCAAAUAUCGGCCGCGUUCGACCGUCAACUCUCAUGCACUUUCAUCAUGGCAACUACACACGGUAAUGUCCAGUCCAUAUCUUCAACUCCCAUGCAACUCUUCUCGUCUGAGAGACUGACUCAUGUGGACUCAUCAGCUCUCAUUCUCGUUUGAUCAGGGCUUCAGAAACACGGAAAUAUAUCUUAUGAUCGUUUGACGCAUAUUUUGCGGUGCAUAUCAUUGAGAGUGUCAUCUAGAAUUAACUCCCAUAAAUAUGUUAUCACAUAUUUUUACCUUAGUUGGUAAUGAUAGAAUCCAGGAUCAGGCAAACAUUGUUCAAACACACCAAGACACGAAUAUCGUUUCUAAACAACAAGAGCCAGGACAAGAAGACGCACAAGGUAUUUCUCAAUUCAGUAGAUUAAGAAAUGUAUUGAGAAGACAUUCUCCUGGCAAGGAACUGAAGUGUGGUCCAUCCUAACAAUCUCAAUUCAUAACCCUAGACUGUGUGGAUGGACAUGAAGGUGAACCUAGUCAGAUGGACAAUGUUUUUACUGUGGGCAAGGUAUGUGAUAUAUCAUCAUGGCCCCAAGCUCAGGUAGCAACGCUUAUAUCAUCAUGAUCAUCAUAAUCAUCAUGAUCAUCAUAAUCAUCAUCAUUAUCAUCAUCAUCAUAAUCACCAUUAUUAUCAUUAUCAUCAUCAUCAUGCAAUAAAGCAUCAACUAUCCUUGUCCCCAGUACCGCGCUACGUUGUUACCGUGGACCUGGGGACGAAGAUGUACAUCAACUGGAUAGUGAUUUUUAACCUUUGUAAAAGUGCCUAAAAAGUUUAAGUCACUAUCCUCGUGUCCCCAGGAAGGUUUAGAAAUGUGGUAGCUGUGGUACUUUUAAAUGUAAAUAAGUAUUCUUCCUUUGUCUUAGGUUUCCUGUGGUGACCUUCUUCCGUUCUCUUCAGUUCAAGUUGAUAUAAUAUUUGCGCCCGUGAAACCUGGUGACAGCAGUUGCUUGUUUGAAAUUACUUUUGAAGAUACUGCAACUUCACCGGUAAGUCGUCCUUCCAGUGUAAGAGCAUUCCCUUGGCUGCUCGCAGGCUACGAUUGUAUGCUCAUGCAUGAAUUAUCAUAUUUCUGCGCAUAUAUAUACUCUGUAUUCUGAAGUUGAAGUAUAGUAAUUUCUUCAAAAGUGGAAAAUGUUGCUAAAAGAUAUAUAAGUUGUUUCAAAGGUGUUCACAAACUUUAUAUCGACAGUGUUUUGAUUUAUUUAGAUCAUUAUUACUGCUCAAGGAACUGGUAUUGAUGUCCCCGUUUGGGUAGAUCGUGAGGUACAGUGCAGUGCAGUUUUUGGUACUUUUGUACAGAAGAAUACAGUACGAUAUAGUGCAAUGCAAUGGCGUACAGUACGGACAAUAUAGUACAAUAUAGUACAAUAUAGUACAGUACAACAUGUCUAUUUCUCCAAUCCAAAAUUGCUUUAUAUGGUUUGUUGUAGGUAGUUGAUCUCAAGAUUUGUAUGUUUGAUCGACUCUAUCAAGAUGCCAUUGUAGUUAAUAAUAGGUAAGAUUCAAAGAUAAAUUAUCCUGCUUUCGAUGAGCUUCCUAUCAGUGAGACACUAAAUGAACUGGAUGGUUCUACCUAUUUAAACUGUUCUUUCUAAAGGUCCAGAAAAUCUCUGCCUUUGUUGGUCCAGUGCUAUUACAAGACGAGACUUAAACAAAACUAAAUUCAUUUAUUCUCGAUAAACUUCUGAAGUUUUGAGUUCUAAACUGUGCUGCUGGGAGUCCCAGUGUCCCUUAUUGAUCCUCCCGGGAAACAUAAUGAAAACCUACAUAAACAACGGCUGGUUAAAUUAAUGUAAUCUACAUGUCCACAAUUUUAUCCUUCAUUUCAUUCAGAGCGACGUCAGCGCUGAGACUUAAGUUUGAAGUGUGUAAAGAACUAAAGAAUCACCUGGAGUUGCUACCAAAGACCGCCUACAUUCAAGCUCAAUCACAAUUCUCCGCUCAAUUGAAAUUUUUACCAAGGUGCGUAAAGGUUGUGCCGUCGUACAGCUUGCAGUAGUCAAAAUGAUGUUUUAUCGUAAGAAGUAUAGUUGAUGAGAAAUUAUGAUGUCAAUAAAUGUUGACAUUUUAGCAGGAAGAAAAUUAGCGUGCCUGCCCUGGAGCGCUUACUUAAUCCCACCAAUUGACACGUAAAUGAUCGCGCCGGGAAAAGUCUUCGAUUUCUUUGUUAUGAUGUCGAUGAGAGUUGACGAUUUCCCCUUGUUGGAAAACAUGCACUAGUUUAUCGUCGUUUGACCUCAGCAUAAUUUUUGUUUAUUUAUAAAGAGGAAACUCAAGAUUGGUUAAUAUUUUACUGACACGAGUUUUGUCAAACAUCUGAUUACUUUGUAGUAUCGAGAUUUUGGGCAAUCUCGUUCGAUAAGUCUAACAGUUCAAGGGUUUUUUUGUAGAUGGAAAUUAAAAUAUUAUAAUAGACUUACUUCAUAGUCGCCUAGCCACACUCAAUACAUGUGUCUUUGAGUGAUGUGGUUGUUUCAUAUAUGUAGUCUCAGGAUCUGAAAAACGUUAUUUUUGAAAUAGGAAGACAUUAUUCGAAGACUGUCCUGAGUGUUUCAAUAAUGAAACUGGUUUACUUGAAGUUCCACUGGUGAUCAGAGUCGCUGACCAGGUAAUUUCUACAAAAUGUUUGAUUAUUGUUUCACCUCAAUGUGAGAAGAAUGCUUCCAGUUUUUUACUCUAUCAAGCACCGCUGGCUUUCUCCAGGUACUCCGAGUGCUGGACACUAGGCUAUCCAAUGAGGAGUCGCUGCUUGUAUUAAACCUUUUAUUUUCAUAUAUAUAGACACGUCCAGUCCACUUCACGAUGCGUGCAAUUAUCACUCCGUCGGAUAUUGAGUUCAGUGUUUCCGAAGUAAAUCUAGGUUACUGCACUACAGUGGAAUCAGUACGUCAGACUAUCACAAUGACAAACAAGUCAAUUCUUGCUCAGAUGUACGGGUUUUGUGGCGUACCUGAGGUAUUUAUACAUCGUUUCUUUCUCAGUAGGGCAUCCACAGGCGUCCUUAGACAGCCUUUCUCUCGUUCAGGUUGAGCUGCGUCCUCCGUAAUUCAACUCAUCUCUGUAACUCAUCUCAUCUUCGUAAUUCAACUCAUCUCUCAGCAUUCUCGUACCCAGAGCCCUUCUUACACGCGGUGCGACGAGGGGCUCUGGCCAAAUCCAUAUUUCGAACUGGCAUCUGAUUGGCUAGAUCUAACACAGGAUAUUGUUUUCUUACCAUAUUUUUAUGGUAUCCGGUUAUGGAUUUGGCCAGAGCCUCUCGUCGCACCGCGCGUAAGAAGGGCUCUGGGUACGAGAAUGAUCUCUCAGCUGUAAGUGCGGAUGAUUAGCACAGCCACAUACUUAUGUCAUGGUUUUGUAUUUAGUGUUUUGAAGUACAACCUAACGAUGGUUUUGGAACAUUGCUUCCUUUGGAAAGUUUGGAUAUUGAUAUCAUUUUUAGUGCCAAAAAAGCCCAGGUAUUUAUUAUCUCCACCACAAUUAUCUAACGUAUAUAUAUAGCGCUUGAUUUGUCACUCUAUAUAAACGCAGACUGUCUUUCACCCAACCCCCCGGAAGAGACAGAUUGUAUGCCAUCCACCAGGGGGGUGGUUAUAUUGUACCAUGAGAUCAUUCUUCUUAGGAGUACAACUUGGAGCUGGUUUGUAAGAAUGGUAUUGGUACAGAAUACCGCGUAUCGUGUAGAGGGAUUGGUGUCUACCCACCGCUGGCACUGUCCCAGUCCACUAUAUCAUUCCGCGCGACUGCCGUGGCCGACAGCUCGAUCGCAAGUCUGGAAGUGGUCAAUAGUCAUACUGAUGGAAAUGAGUUUACCCAUGAAGUACCGCGCAUUGGACAAGGACCUGUGGCCAAGCUUGGACCAACCACAUUUGAGUUUGUUGUCCCCCCUGGCGCUCCAGUUACUAUAUCUCCUGCAGUGGGAGUGGUUAUGCCUGGCCAGGUAACUUACUACACAUGAGAAUUAUUCGUUAUAUGCUUUACGUAUUACAUCUAAUAUAUAGACGUAUUUGGCACAGUUGGGCUUCCUGCAAUAUAUGCCAUUGUCUGAUUAUAAUUCUGCCUCGGCCGUUUGUGAGAAAGUGCUUCUAGUUCAACUCAAAACAUCGCACUUUCAGCCAUUUAGGCAUUCUGGUCCCUUACUUGACCUCGAAGGAGGACUGUUUGUACUGUGAUGGAGAGCUAUUUAGCGUCACAUUGAAUGUAAUGGUGGAAGUGAGAUCUGAACAUGUCUAUUCGUAUGAGAUGGUGGAGCUCUAGGAAAGAAGUAUUUCGUCCAGUAUUAAUAAGGUUAUUUUCUGUCUUUCAGAGUUGUAAUAUUGAGGUGACAUUCAGUCCUCGACUGCCGGACUCAGACGUUAUGCAAGAAGCAUGUCGUAUUGCAGAGAAAAUGGCGGAAAUUAAACGCAAGAUGAGCGAAGAGAACGCGGCGAAGGAGAAGCUGGAAGAUGUCCCACCUCCUGGAAAGAAGCAGUUGGGUAAAGUUGGGAAAAAGAGCGGGAAAGGUUCACCAAAACGAGGCCAGACACCCGCAAGUACACCUGGGAUACGCAAUCAAACAACACCGAACAAAACAAGUAAAGAUUUUAAAGAGGGGUAAGCUAGACAUUGAGAUA